UCUUCCUCAUCCCCAUCAGUUGUGUUUGCGACAGAGGCGGGAGUGAGAGAAGGGCCUCCCUGAUGGAUCUAAGAGCUUGCACUGGUUCGUAGUGGGAGAUACGGUCAUGCAAGUAAGCAGAAAUAUAAUAUUAAUUAUAUAUCCAGAAUUUUUUUUUUGGAUUUUGGUCAAAGAGUAAUUUUAAAAUAUAACAAGUGCUUUUUGCUUCUUGCUGUUCUUCUCUCUAAUUUUGUCUCAUUUCACUUCUAGGCCUAGAGAAGAUGACUCAGAAAAUUGUAGUUCUUGCUGUGUACAUCUUUGCCUUUCUUACUGGACUCCCUUCCAAUUUCCUGGCCUUCUACUCAUUCCAGAAGAAAGUACGCGAGAAGCCACUCCCCAUAGACAUCCUGCUACUCAACUUGACCAUAUCUGACCUUUUUCUUCUAAUCAUUUUGCCUGUCAAGAUGGUGGAGGUUGCCUUGGACAACACUUGGCCUCUCCCUGACUUUCUUUGCCCGCUGGUCCUCUUCAUCUUCCACAGUAGCAUUUACCUUAGCACCCUCUUCCUCAUGGGAAUCAGCAUGGAGCGCUAUCUAUGCAUUGCUUACCCAGUUAAGCACAAGUUAAACCUCAGGCCAACGUAUGCAAAAGUGGCCAGCCUCUUCUUCUGGUUUCUAGCCUGCUCCCACUGCUUAGGCAUUGCCUAUGGGGUAGAAUACCAUGACAGGACUGCAAAGAAAGGUGGCUUCAACUCCACGUGUUAUGACAACUUCUCUCCCAGCCAGCUCCAAAUUGUCCUCCCUAUUCGCUUGGAAGUCUUCAUUGUCCUCUUCUUCAUCCCUUUCAUCAUCACCCUUUUCUGCUACAUCAGUGUGAUCCGCAUCCUGACCUCCAUGCCCAACAUCAAACCCCAGAAGAAGCAACGGGCUGUGGCCUUAGCCUUGGCCACUGUCCUUAAUUUCUCCCUGGCUUUUGCUCCCUACAAUAUAUCUCACAUCGUAGGUUUUAUCGAGGGUGAGAAUCCAGCCUGGAGAGUGGAAACCUUUGUUUUCACCACCCUCAACACCACCCUGGACCCUGUGAUCUUCUUCUUCUCUUCUUCCACCAUCCGUCAAACCAUUACUGACUGGCUCCGCAUCUGCUCAAGUGCUAGAUCCCCAUGUUGUCUGAUUUGCUGCAACGCUCCAAACACAAAUGGCAAAGGAAAAGAAAAUGCCCAGGUAUCUGUUUCAAAUAUGUCAGCUUGAUCUGGCACACUUACUCCUUAAACAAGAUCUGGGAUAUCCUCUGGAAGAAGUGCCCUAUAUGGUCCAAGAUAUUCAGACUCCAAAGCUAGGUUAAAACCAGACUCUGGAUCUUCUUGUCUGUUGUCAUCAUCAUCAUUGAGUCUUAAAGGGUUUGGGGUAUUUUUAAAACAAAGAUGUUUUCUUCACAUGGUGUGUUAAAUUUGUGUAGUUUUUGGUCAUAUUUCAACACUAUUUUUUUUGCAAAGAAAAAUAUGGCCAGAUCAAAAAAUUGCAUAUCAGCAUGUACUGUGUAAAAAAUAACUGCCUGAAUUUAACUAUUAGUCCAAAGAUUAAACUCAAGAUUUUAUCAUUAUAUUUGUAUGUGAUUUUAUA